UGAAAGGAGCACUCGCAAUGGCAAUUCCUAUCCACCCGAUCAGCCUCAAUUCACAUGGAACCAAGUUACGUUGGACAACGGUAUGGCGGCCAUCAAAGUCGUCUGGCAUCCGAAUGUCGAUGGCCAACCGGGAUCUCACUGUUUCGUCCAGUUCAGACGCAAGGGCGAGACCAUCUACAUUAAAAGCGAAGAUGAGUUUGACGAAAAUUUCACCAUUUUACGCGGCCUGGAACCCAAUCAACUGUACGAGAUCCGCGCCGUUGUCGUCGACGGUGAUUACUUUACCGAAAGUGACCCCGAAGAGGUGGAGAUGUACGCCGAUGGACCUUACAUCCAAGGAUCAUCCGCUGUAGCUUCGACCCGAUGGUUUAUCGGUAUGAUGCUGGCCCUUGCAUGGUUGCUCUUGGUCUUGGUCCUCGCCUGCAUUAUCAAGUGAAACAGAGGUGGAAAGUACGCCGUCCAUGAGAGGGAGGCCACUCACGGUCGCAAGGAUUUCAACGAAGAUGCUGGAUUCCAUGAAUACUCUCAACCAGUCGGUAGCAAUCGGGCGCCCAGCAAAGCGUCGUUGAACAGCGGUGCCAAAAUGCCACCCGAGAGCGAAGAUAACAAGAUAAUGACUCCAUGGCCGAUUACGGAGAAAGAGAAGCCG